UCUUAAAAACAUUAUUUAUUUCAGAAGUGGUUUAGUCGCCUGCUAGUUUAAACAUCUAGAAUCUUGAAAAUGUCGGAUCGAGGAUCCCGUAAGAAUACUGAGAAUGAAAACAAGAUUGAGGUUGUCCAGAUCGAUGGAUUGGUUCUCAUGAAGCUGAUCAAACAUUGCCACGAAGCUGAAAACAGUGGAAGUGCGUUUGCCCAAGGAGCCCUUCUUGGUCUUGUUGCUGAAACUAGGCUUGAGAUUACUCACUGUUUCCCCUUCCCGAGUCCUAGUGACGAAUCAUUGGACGACGAGGACUUCCAACUCACCAUGAUGAGAAGGUUACGCCAGGUGAAUGUUGAUCAUCAGCAUGUUGGUUGGUAUCAAUCAGCACAGUUCGGUAACUUUCUCUCCACCUCCCUCCUAGAGUCCCAGUUCUGCUACCAGACCUCCAUAGAAGAAUCAGUUUGUCUCAUUUUUGACACUGCAAAGACCUCGAAGGGAUUUAUCUCCUUGAAGGCCUUCAGGUUGACCCCCGAAGCAAUCAAGAUGUUCAAGGAAGGGGACUUCUCUCCAGAAUAUGUUAAGGACUUAAAGUUGAGCUAUGAGACAAUGAUGGUCGAGGUCCCGAUCGUAAUCAAGAACUCCCAUCUGAUGAACGCCCUGUUGCUGGAGCUCCAGGAGCAGUUGACCCUUGAUGUUGGAGGAGCUCAGUUCCUUGACCUCGGAACAUCAGGAACCCUGGAGACCGAGCUCCGUGUGAUGAUGGAUGCUGUGGACGAGUUGAACCAGGAGUCCAUUAAGUUUAACAAGCACCAGAACCUUGUACUUAAGCAGUACCAGGAGAAGGCCAGAUGGGUUCAGAAGAAACAGUUGGAGAACCAGGCUAGGAUUGCUCGGGGAGAAGACGCAGCCCCUGAUGAGGACAUCAACAAGGUCUUCAAGGCGAUUCCACCUCCUUCCAGACUGAACCCUCUUAUUCUCUCCGGUACCAUCGCUAACACUUCGGAUCAGGUUUCUGAGUUUUGUUCCCAGUCCUUGGCUAAACUGUUUAUCACUGAACCUCUGCAGAACGCCAAGCUGAACUCUUUGAACUAGAACACCUGCAGCACUAGACAGAGAACACCAUCAUCAACCCUUUAUCAGGGGGUCUCAACUAAUUUAUAUAUCCAGAUAACAUAACAUCAAAUAUUCUGGAUACACCAAAUCAAGUCUAGAUCUGUUUAAAAUCUGAAUCUGGAAAGCUUCAAAUCAAAAUCCGAUUUGCGACUUUAAUCCUAAAAUCUGUAUUUUAUCAACUGUUCAAGCCAACUGAAGAUCUUAAACCAGUUUUCUUCAGAUCAAUUAUUUUUAAUUAUUGCGCAGAAGAAUGGUUUGGACAGUGUUUAGAGUAGAAACGUGUAUUCAUUUGUAAUUGCCUGCUCCAAAUCAACGAGGAACAUUAUUUCUUGGUUGUUUUGGAGCAGGCGAACUUUUUAAUCUUCUAAAACUGGUCUCAAAAAUACUGUUGGACAGUGAAUAGGUUUAGUAUACACUGUACACUGUAUUAAUGAUUUUACGCUCUAUGGUAAUAAUACAAGGGUUACUAAGUAAACUAGUUCUAAGAUGGUUGUACUUAUCUUCAUGUUUGAAGGGCUAUAUAUUUUUUUAUAUUUCUUACUUGUGUACUUAAUUAACACCAAAAUGUGAAAAAAUCUUUUUUUCAAUUUAAAAUUAAUGUAUAGCCCUGUUUAUCAUAAUGUUAGUAAAUCUUCAAUAAAUCUUCAAUCAUCAUUAA